GGCUUACAGAAGGCUGUGUGUCUCAUGUGAGUGCAGGUGGGCGGAUUCGCCACAACUUGGCGAAGUUUAACACCUCAACACCGCCAUGGCUCUCCUCAUGCUUUAUCCUCGACUGUCUACGAUUAGUCUUCUAAUCGUUGCAUACAUUUCCUGGAGAGUGGCUUCGUACUUUUCCUUCAAAUACAAAUCUAAAGGCCUACCACUACCACCCGGACCUAAGGGCGAACCAGUCCUUGGUCAUUUGCGCAUCAUCCCAGUCGACAAUCCCGAAUACUAUUAUCAAAAUCUCUCUAAGGAACUCCAAAGCGAUGUCCUCUCUUUCAACGUCCUCGGCCAGCCCGUCGUCGUUCUCAACAGCGUUCAGGCCGCCAUUGACCUCUUCGACAAACGAGGAGCCAACUACUGUGAUAGACCCCGUUUCGUAUUAUUCGAAGUCAUGGGAUGGAGCAUGACACUCACCUUUCUACGUUGGGGUCCGCAAUUCCGGAUGCAUAGGAAAGUGCUGCAGAAAACGUUUCAGAAAAGCAGUAUCGCUCAGUACCGACCUCUUCAAGAAAAGGAAUCCAAAGUGCUAGUGGAAGGGCUCCUUAAAAAUCCGGGAGAUUGGGAAAGACUACUGAGGAGGUUUGCAACGGCUAUAGUAAUGGGAAUUGGCUUCGGAGUUCAGAUUGAUGACGAUAAAGAUCCCCAUAUUCAGAUGGCCAUCGAUGCUUCGUAUGCGCUUGGGCAUGGUGGAGCCCCGGCUGGAACGCUUGUAGACUUCUUUCCGAUUGUUAAGAGCCUACCAAAUUGGCUGGUACGAGAUCGGAGUUUGAAAUUCGCAAGAGAUUGGAGGUGGGCAAUUCGGCAAAUCCACGAAGCUCCUUACGCAGCUGGUGAGAAGCGGUCCAUAGAAGCGUCACUUGUGCGUACGCUGCUCAGUGAACGACAGAAAAGACUCGAUAAGGGAGAACCUGAAGAGAUGACUAUCGAAGACAUCAAAGGAGCCGCUGGAGCCGUAUACGCCGCAGGUCAAGAUACGACGUGGAGUACGUUGGUAGUCUUCGUCCUCAACAUGGUUCUCCACCCCGAAGUCCAGGAUAAAGCCCAAAAGAUCAUUGACACUGUAGUUGAACCUGGCCGACUACCGGCAUUUGCUGAUCGUCCAUACCUUCCCUAUAUUGACUACAUAGUCCAAGAAACUCUCCGUUGGUGUCCUGUUUCUCCUGUUGGCGUUCCGCACCGAAGUAUCGAGGAUGACGUAUACAAUGGCUUCUUCAUACCUGCUGGCUCAUUUGUGUAUGCGAAUGCUAGGGCAAUGACGCACGACGAGCGCACAUACUCCAACCCGGACGAAUUCGACCCUGAUCGAUAUAUUCCACAAUCCGAAGGCGGACGCGGCGAGCCGUUCCCCAAGGGACAAUUUGGCUUCGGCCGCCGAGUAUGCGUAGGACAGCACCUAGCAGAAGCCAGUAUCUGGAUAGUGGUUGCAAGCCUCUUGUCUGUGAUCCAGGUUGAGCGAUGGCGGAACCUGGAGACGGGAUUGGAAGAGAUUCCAAAAGUUAAAUUGACGAAUGGGCUUACAAGCCAUCCUCAAUCGUUCAAAUGCAGCAUUGUUCCGAGACAACACAGGCUUGUGAGACAAAGGUUGCUGAGGGCCAGGGGGCUCGUGUUCGGAGAUUAA